CGGGGGGGGGGCGCGCGAAGGGGGAGAAAGGCUUAUAAUACAGUAGUUUUUAAAAAAGAGAGAUUUCUCACUCUUUGAGGCCCAAUUCAUACGUGCAGUGGAAACGUGAUCCGCCUUUCGAGGAAGGGAGGGUGUGGAAACACACACCUUGGUCGUGAGACUUUAAUAGGAUGUAUUCACAGGCUGCAUGACUUUUAAUACUGAAGAAGCCCACAAUAUUAUUAAAGAUUGCAUAGAAGGCAUUCUGGGCAAGGUAGAUUACAGUCAUGACAGUGUCAAUCAGUGGACUGCAGCCAUUGUAGAACAAGCUUUAACACAGUUGGUGAAACUGGGGAAAACCUACAAAUACAUUGUAACCUGUGCGGUGAUGCAGAAAUGUGGAGCUGGUCUACACACAGCAAGCUCAUGUUUCUGGGAUACCACAACUGAUGGCACCUGCACAGUUAGAUGGGAAAACCGAACCAUGAACUGCGUUGUCAACAUUUUCGCUGUAGCCAUUAUCCUGUAGCAAAUGGGACAAGCUGCACUUACACCAAAGCCUUUAAGAGUAUAUCUAUAUUCUAUUAAAUGGUCAAAGUACAUUAUAAGAAUUAUUAGAUAGUACUGUAUUUAUGAAUUAGAGAAAGAAACCAGAAGUAAGGUUUCUGCACAAAGUUUACAUAUAUAGUAAAGCAUAAUCUUUCAGUUUAGCCAACUCGCAGCUUGUUAAAGAACAAAUGUAACAAGAAAAAAAACUAACAACAAAACUGCAACAUUUUAUGUUGCAUAAAAUCCUGUUCCAGGAUUGAGGGCUUCUCAUUUCAGCCCUUCUCUACCAGGAGGACCAAUAUAACCAUUUAAUCAAAGCGCGAAAAUGCAUGCUUGCAUCAAAUUAACAGUGGUUCUUCAUGCAUAGAAGAUCUAAGAAUAUGUAAUAGUAAGGAAGAAAAAAAAUUAAUUAUAAUAUAUAAGAUAUGGCAGUAUGUUUCUGCUGAAUAAUGAUGAAUGGCAUUGCUUUAGAAUAGUGGUUUUCCAGCUGUAUUGUAGGGAACCCUGGGGUUUCAUGAAAGCUUAUCAGUGGUUCCUCAGCAUAAUGACAGAAGAAAAAGUCUUAUCUUUUUCUCUGACAUGGAGGGCUUCAGGGGGCUAUGGUGUGUUUUAAGGCAUGACCUUGGUGGAGGCAUGUUUUGUGGUGAGAUCCAGUUGAGGGAGGCUUGAAUCCGAGCAUGCAUAUGGGUCCUGUGGCUCCUUUGUGGACCAGAUGAAGUGAGAAAAGUUCCCCAGAGAGUUUGAUUUUUUAAAAAAAUGCUUAGAAGAAUAUUUAAUAGUGCUUAUGACUAUAGUACACUGAGCGGGGAGGGGAGAUCAAGACAAUUGAACAAGUUUUUAAACUGUUUUCUAGCAUUUGCAGGCAUAAUAUACUUAAAAGCUAAAGUGUCUGUUUUUAUUGCAAGGGGCAUUGAUGUUCUGCAAGUGAAUGUAGUUGUUACAUUGGAAUGGAUUGUUAGCCAUCUUUAACUGAAUACCUAGCCUAGGAGGGCAUGUCCUCUAAACUUGGAGAACAGUGUUCACCCAACAUGCAAACUUGGAUUUUAUGACUGGCUGCUCCUCAAAUUUGAUGCACCAACAAAUGUGUAGGAAAGGACAAGUGGUCCUUCCUGUUGUGUCAGAAACAAUAGGAAACAUGAAACUGCACAGGACUUAGAACACAGUCAGGUACAUAUGCAAAUAUAUUUAUGAUGGUGAUCUAAAAGUUUAACAAAGCUGUUAUGACAUUGAUUUGCUACAUAUCUUCAAGGCAGGUAUUUGUAAUUAAAGGCAAACAUUUCAAAUGAAUGUUUUCAAAUUCUGCUGUAGAUUGUGCCUUCAUUAUUCAAGACCAUUAUAAAAUGCUCUGUAUGUUAGAUUUAGGAAUACACAUUGAGGAGAGAGUAUAUUUUAAGCUGCACUUACUUAAGAGUGUACCCAUUUUAUUUAAAUGUAAUUAACUGUUGCAAUCCAAUCUGCACUUAAAUGCAUUCAUUUUACCUAUUUUAUUUAUUGAUUGAGCGUGUGUAAAGGUCAAUAAGUAAAUGAAAUUCUGCUAAAUAGGGAUUUGCUUCCAAGUAACAUGAAUAAGAUUAUGUAUCUAUCUUUAUCAUUUAUACCAGGAGGUUUUGACAGAUGUUGUCAGUUGAAAUAAGAUUUAAAGCUUGUGCUUAAUCAAGAGUAAAUUCUAAACGCAGUAGGAACUACAUCUAAGCAAAAAUCCAAAAAAUCAGAAAUUUUCAUGCAUAUAAUUACCAUAUUUUUAAGAUCUAUUAAUAAUAGAAAAUUUCUGUCAAAUGGGCAAUCAUAUUAACUUGUAAAACUAUUGGGGGAAGACUCAGUACUUUUGCAAAUGUAUUUAUAUAUCAGCACCUUACAGCCGUUCAUACAAAUCACAUCAGUAUGCAAUGACUUAUACCAUUACUAGGACUUGAAACACACUGUUACAUCUUAGCAUUCUGUAAGUGGUAAACUGAAGAAGAAACUUUAAUUUGCAUGUUUGAGUUGCAGGUAUGUUUAGAAAUGGGCUUUAACUGUUGCAGAUUGGCUUUGCUUUGAAUUAUUGUACCAUUUUAUUUAAUUCACCAAAGGUUUAUUUCUUCUUGUAAAGAUAUUGAUAUUUAUUUAACAAAAAAUGUAAGUAUAUUUCAAAUUAUUAUAAUAUAAAUGAGAACAUUUCUGCAGCUCCAGAAUGAGUUUAUAAUUGCAGCAAGAGUGGUAGAAUUGUUCCAUGCAGUUUUAUCACAGUUCUGAACCCAGAACUUGCCCUUUUUUUCUGGGCAUAAACUGAUUCUUCUUUUCUCUGGGACAAAAAAAGAGACAAUCUUAAGGAGAGCACAGUCUAUGGGAGGAAGGAGUGCAUUAGAAUAAUAUUUGCAUGUGUUAGGGAGGAUCAAGCAGAUGAGUUUUCAAAAGCACUUACUAACAAAAUCUCUGGCAGAAAAGAGAGGCGAAGAUACGAUCCUUCUGCUAAACAUUUCUUGCCAUAACGAGACUAGAUGUUUUUAUUGUAUUUGACGUAUCUUAAAAAAAUAUACUUGAAGAAAAACUAUGUUGAGAAAACACUAUAUAGAUGCUGAAAGAGAUGCCACUAUGCCAAGAUUGCACUAAAGAUUGUGCUGGUUUUUGUCUUUGUUUUUACUUUUAAAAUGCUGCCUUAGUUGUACUCAAUGCCUUUUGUAUGAAUUAAAAUAAAUGCUUGCUGACAUUCUCA